ACAACUGCAACCAACUUCAGGUCGUUGUUUGACACUAGCAACGAGUAAUUUAAAGGAAAUUACUGUUCAGUGGUUCUCUUUUACUUCCUUUUCUGUCAAAAUAAUUGACUAAGAUGAUUGGCUCCAAGAUUAUCAAGCCCGGUGGCGCUGAGCCCGAUGAUUUUGAGAAAUCCAUUGCCCAAGCUCUCGUUGAGCUCGAGGCCAACAGUGAACUCAAGCCCUACUUGAGGGACUUGCACAUCACACGUGCCCGUGAAAUUGAAUUCGGCAACAAGAAGGCUGUCAUCAUCUAUGUUCCCAUUCCCCAACAAAAAGUUUUCCAAAAGAUCCAAAUUCUUUUGGUACGUGAAUUGGAGAAGAAAUUCUCUGGCAAGCACGUCGUUGUCGUUGGCGAACGUAAAAUUUUGCCCAAGCCCACCCGUAAGGCUAGAAAUCCAUUGAAGCAAAAGCGUCCACGUUCCCGCACUUUGACCGCUGUCUACGAUGCCAUCUUGGAAGAUUUGGUCUUCCCCGCUGAAAUCGUUGGCAAGCGUAUCCGCGUCAAGUUGGAUGGCUCUCAAUUGAUUAAGGUGCAUUUGGACAAGAAUCAACAAACCACCAUUGAACACAAAGUUGACACCUUCACCUCGGUCUACAAGAAACUUACCGGCCGUGAUGUCACCUUCGAAUUCCCCGACAACUAUUUGACCAUGUAAAUUGUCAAUAAAUUAUUUUUUAUAGUCCAAACAAAAA